AUGUUUGCCGCUCGCCCCCUCACCCGCCGGGCACUGGGACUCCGAUCUCCUAUUCGAAAUGUCGUCUCCCGCCGUACUAUGAUUCCACCCCCCGGCCCAAAUACAGGCCCCAUAAUGGAACGCCGCGCAGACCGGGAGCUCCCCAACAUCAACACCAGCAAUAAACGGUGGCUCAUGACGUUCCCAUUGUUCGCAAUUGCAGUCGGCGCAGGGAUGUUUGGAAUCUUCAACUAUCAAAAGUCUUCCUCCAGUAUUGUUAGCAGUACGCUUUAUGCUUUGCGGACAUCACCAGCUGCGCGGGAGAUUCUGGGCGAUGAGAUUUAUUUUGCGCAGCAAAUUCCUUGGAUUAGUGGGGAGAUGAACCAAUUGCAUGGACGGAUUGAUAUCUCUUUCUGGGUUAAGGGGACUAAGACCCAGGGCAAGAUGAGGUUUAAGAGUAUUCGGCCGGACCGGAUGAGUUAUUUCCGUACCGAACUGUGGAGUCUGGAGACGGAGGAUGGAACUGUCGUGCAAUUGCUGGACAAGGAUACCGAUCCAUUCAGACAGGAUUGA